AUGGGAACUUUCACAAAAAUCCUAUUAGCUAGUAUAUGUGUUGCUUUCCUAGCUGUCAAGUGGACUGUACCCACUUUUGAUGCAGAAUCUCUCAGAGGUGCCAGGGUGUUGGUGACUGGGGCCAGUACGGGUAUUGGUGAACAAAUGGCAUAUCACUACGCCCGCUUUGGUGCCCAGAUAGUAAUUACAGCAAGGAGGGAGAAAGUGUUACAGCAGGUGGCAGAAAAGUGCCUGAGUUUGGGAGCCCAGAAAGCUCUCUACAUAGCAGCAGACAUGGCCAGUGAGUCAGAUCCCGACAAAGUCGUAGAUUUUGCUCUGGACAAACUCGGAGGGUUGGAUUACUUGGUUCUGAAUCACAUUGGACCGAGCCCCUUCAGUAUGUGGGAGGGAGAUGUAGAGCACACCAAGUGGCUGAUGAAGGUCAAUUUCUUCAGCUACAUUCAGAUGGCUUGGAAAGCUUUGGCCUCCCUUGAACAAAGUAAAGGAUCACUGGUGGUUGUUUCAUCGCUUUUAGGUAAAAUGCCCAGUCCCUUCGUGGCACCUUAUACCUCAACCAAAUUUGCCUUGAAUGGUUUUUUCGGGGCCCUUCAGCAUGAGCUGGCGAUGAAGAAGAGCAAUGUGUCCAUCUCUAUAUGUACACUGGGGCUCAUUGAUACUGAAUCAGCUAUGGAGAAAGUCAGUGGAGUCACAAGUGUACCAGCCUACCCUGCCACAGAUGCAGCCUUGAACAUCAUCAUAACAGGAGCUACGAGACAGCUGGAGCUCUUCUACCCUUGGUUCACCCACAUUUUGACUGUGAGCAAAGACUGGUUUCCUUCCGUCACAAACUAUGUCAUCCAGAACUCCUACAAUUACAGCCCAUGA